GGCCGAGCUGCUGCGGCCGCAGGUUGCAGAGCGGGUGGGAGCCGCUGCGGGCGCGGCACUGCAGCCCCGAGCCUGAAUCCCGAGCCCGAACCCCGAACCCAGGCCCCGCCACAGGCCCAAGAGGCUAGGAUCCAGCGGCUACUCGCCCGGCCCCGCAGAGGACGCCUCGACUCGCAGGCGCCCGCCAGCUCACGCUCCACGAUGGUGUGCGGGGGCUUCUCGUGCUCCAAGAACUGCCUGUGCGCACUCAACCUGCUAUACACCCUGGUCAGUCUGCUGCUCAUUGGGAUUGCUGCGUGGGGCAUCGGCUUUGGACUGAUCUCCAGUCUCCGGGUGGUGGGUGUGGUCAUUGCUGUGGGCAUCUUCCUGUUCCUGAUUGCACUGGUGGGACUGAUUGGCGCUGUAAAACAUCAUCAGGUGUUGCUAUUUUUUUAUAUGAUUAUUCUCCUCCUUGUAUUCAUUGUUCAGUUUUCGGUGUCUUGUGCUUGUUUAGCUCUGAAUCAGGACCAACAGGGUCAGCUGCUAGAGGUUGGUUGGAACAAUACAGCAAGUGCUCGAAAUGACCUCCAGAGGAACUUGAACUGCUGUGGCUUCCGAAGUUACAACCCAAAUGACACCUGUCUGGCUAGCUGUAAUAAAAAUGGACACAAGUGCUUACCAUGUGCCCCCAUAAUCGAAGCGUAUGCUGGAGAGGUUUUGAGAUUCGUUGGUGGCAUUGGUCUCUUCUUCAGUUUUACAGAGAUUCUGGGUGUUUGGCUGACCUACAGAUACAGGAAUCAGAAAGACCCUCGCGCCAACCCAAGCGCUUUCCUUUGAGGAGGAAACAAAGAAAAGUUCUCCCAUCUUGCUCAUUUUCUCUAAUCUUAAACUAAUUUCUUUAUUUGACAGGAAACAGUAUCUGAAAACGACACUAUCAACAGUGGAACUAAAUAUGUUCACUCUUACAUUUCUCUAAGUGGUUUUUUGUUGUUGUUGACAUUGCUGAGAAAGCAGUUGAAAUUUAUGGUGUUCACUGGCCCUCAGUGGUCCCUGUAAUCUACUGUUCUUGGUGUCUGGCACUGUUUACUGUGGCCUUUCUUAGCCUAUUUAUGUGCUGUAAAACUGUGUCUGGCACCCCUGGGGAAAUGACAUGUGAACCCCAAUCUCCACCUCACCAGGUAGUUGUAUGGAGUUCUGUGCCGUUCGGGUGGCUCCCAUCGAAGACACUUGAAGUUCAUGAAACCAGGAAGCAAGAGUCUGUAAUGUUCAGUCAUUAGGAGAAAUCUAAGUUCCCUCCACUUUAUGUAUUUUUAGGAAAGCUACAUUGUAGUGAAAAGUGUUAGCAUACAAGUGAUCAUUUAGUUCUAGUAGUCUCUCAUGAUGACUUCUGUGUAUUCUAGAAAUAGCUGUGUCUUUAGGAACCUAAGUUUAGCUUCUGACUUUUAUAGUCAAGGGUAAAGGAGGUACCAUUUGGGGAAUGUUCUGGUGUUUGACAGUUAUCUUCAGCUUUCAAAAUGGGAUGAGCUAGAAGAAGAUUGUAUAUAUCUACAUAAUUAACAUUCUUCUUUUUUUAAUAAUUUGAAGUUCAAAACACUGUAUUAGUAAGCAACGUGCAAUCAAUAUGUUGGCCAUGCAACAAAAAGAUAUUUGAUUUUCUUAAAAAAUAACUUUUUAUUGACAUUUCUUGGUCUUGUGAUAGUGAGUUGUCAAAUCCAGACAGACAUAUUUAAAUGUGCUACUUCCCAUAAGCUGAGAGAGAAAUGGUGUUUGUGGCUCUGUAUGUUACAUUAAAAAUUAAAAGCUGGAAACCUU